GAACACUGGCAGCUCCAAUUUAUCCUCAGGCCUUGACACGACUUUAUUUUAUUGGGUUGGGGAGGGCAUUGUUUCUGCGGUGGGCAAUUUUAUUGGUUGAUUGAAUAAAAGGCGGAUGAAAUUUAAAUGGGCAAUAUGCAUUCAAGCUUAUUUUUUUGUAUUUUAAAAGGAUGCUCUUUCAUUAAGAUUAUGCGCAUAGUUUGUAAUACAAAUUACACUCUUAAUAAACUGUAAGUAGCUGGGAUAAUUUGUAUUCGCUGUCUUUGCUUGUAGCUGUAUCCUUGUAUACUUUUUAACGUCUACAGCAAUCAGUAUGAAAGAAUUUCGAGUGGCAAUGUGUUAAACAAUACUGGCAGGUUACAGGAGGUGGAGAAAGUGUAACGAAAUGAAAUUCGCAACAAGAGCAAGGAAACACAAAAAGGUAACACUCACACACACACACAUACUUGGCUACGGGAAAAAGUGAAAUUAGUCAUUUGUAGCGAGCAGUUUUUAAGGAAACACAUGUGGGGUGUGGGCAAGGGGUGGCAAGGUGUAAAAAACAAAAAAGGAGAAAUAAGAAAGGAGGGCGCAAGUGGGCAGGGGCGUGGUCGGACACGGCUGUUGCACAUUCUCAUCGCAUGCAAUUUGCGCUGGAACUUUGCCCUCCUUUCGAGCAUUGUGUUUGCCAUUGAACACGCACACUGAAUGGCACUGCGAGUGUGUGGGUUGCUAUGCCUGUGUGGGUGGGUGUGUGUGUGUGUGUAAAACCAUUGUUCACAGACACACUCCCUAACACAGACACCUCGAAUUGCUGUAAAUGGGCUCACGGGCAGCAUUGUUGCUGUAAUUGUUGCAAUUGAGCGUAGUUCAGAACAAAAGCCGCCCACACUACUCAUUUCACCCACACACACAUAUAUAUAUUUAUAUAUGUAUUUAUGUAUAUAUACACAUGCAUAUCGAGCUCACAAUGUGUCACGCAGGCCUUCACUAAUGUUUUUUCUUUGGUUUUUUUUUGCGAGCUUUUUUUGUCCUAGCAAUUUGAGGCCAUUGAAAUGGGUCCAUUUGUAUGUGUGUGUGCCUGAUAAAUUAUGGAAUUGUUAUCCAUAAGUGUUGCAAAAUAGAUUUUCAUUCAAGUAGUAGAACGGUAUUUGUUUAGUCCUUAUGCACCAGAAACUGUUUGAAAGUGUAUCAAAUAGUGUAAAAAGUGUUGUAAAAGUGAUUGUUAUUCAAGAGGAUUUGCAACACUUUUGAUCCAAUAACCAUUUUAAACCAUUUCUCGAACGCCUAACAACUAUCUUUCAUCUUUGACAUAUCGUUGGCAUUCACCAUGUUCCAUUUCGUCGGGGUGUCUUAACCUUGUGCCAGCAAGAAAAAUGUCAAUUUCCUCGAGAAAAUGCUUCUCUAGAUUUUUACAUUCAACUGCAACUUGGAAUUGUCGAUGUGGGGGGAAUUGGCAGAGGAUAACAUACAAGCAAAACAUAAUUUACACGCCAAUAUCAUGUCGUUUCACACUCGUGUGCCUGUGUGUUCGUGUACUGUAUGCUGUGUGUGUUUGCCAUCUAGCUCGCCUGCACAUAUACGAGUACAAAUACAAAUACCAACAUCAGGCACUCAAACACAUACUCCUGCCGCUCACACACACACACACAUAAAAAUGAGGUCAAUAACAGGUAGAUUAUCAAAUAACUAUUACACAUUGCGUGUUGUACGAGACAUGAAGCCGACAACGACGAAGGCGACAGCUUUACGGUUAAGGAUGUGGAUGCGGUUUUGAGCACUGAGAAUAAAUGUUGGUAAAUAGAAAAUGAAUAUUUUUGACUUCAAAGAAAGGUAUGCUGAAAAGUAUGUUUUAAAUAUGUUCCACACUGGGCUGAAUUAAUAAUAAUGCCAAGGACACAUUGCAUGCCUUAAGAAUAAGAAAAAAUGUCAAAUAAAAGAGAUUUCUUUUAGAAAUUUUACGAACCAUCAUUUAUUCCCGCACUGUAGCUGUGGUUUCUCAUAUAUCGUGAUGCUGCACUGAAAACAUAUUGCCUUCGUGCCGCACAUCCGUCCAAAGCUUGUGGCACACGCUAGAGUCUUCAUAAGUUGGCUUCGUUCGCUCAUCUCUGGUUUCAUCACCACAUCCCUCGCUCCUUCGUUUCCUCGUUCCCCAACUCCGCCCCCUUUUGGCACCUUCACUGCUCCUCGAGGAGCGCCGCCCCCUUUUGCUUUCCUUGGCAUUUGGACAAGUGGCCCCGGCUCAUGUGGUUGGCAAUCAACGCCUAUACGGCUUGUCUUGCACCACCCACCACAAAAACCCUAAAAUCCCCAUACCCAUCCCCAUUCCAAUUCCAAUUCCAAUCCCCAUCAGCCAUGCGUGAAGGUCAAUUUAUCGCCUAAUGACGUUGAACAAUGACAAGGGAUUCCAGUUUGAUUUAUCUAGUUGGAAAAACGAACAUUAGGGCCAGACAAUCAAUAAAUUUCACCGUGGAUUUGAAAUUGCUGGCAUAAAUAUUCAUGUAUGUAAAUUGAACUUAUUUAUCUGUUGAAAUAUGCAUUCAUAUUCUUGGUUCCACUCCAUUACCAUUGGAAAUACGCUAAAUGUUUAAUACAGCUUUCUUGUUAAAUACAAUAGAUUAGUCCGCAAGCUCGUAAGUGUUUCCCCUUUUUUUUUUUGGCGACGCACAUGUUUGUUUACAAAUGUUUGUUUACAAACAUGAGUUAAGUGUGCACAAUAACAGAGGCACCUGCCACGAUAACAAACUGUCGGGAAAACGGCUAUUAAAAGCACGCGGAUUUGGCUAAAAACCAACUUUUUCCGCUGGUCACACUUUUUUCCAUGAAACACGUGCGCGAUUUGCUAGAUUUGCUAGAUUUGCUAGAUUUGGUAGUAGAAACACACAGACAGGAUGCAGAACUACAAACUUCCACUGAACAAGCGGCGUCUUCAACAGCGAGCCCAGGUGGAAACGCCGGAUUCGGUGUACUGGGGCCGACUGGCGAAACCAGAACUACUCAAGGAGCACAACGCCAUCGAUUAUUUGGACUUCAGUCCCAGCGAUCCUGACAACUUUGCUGUGACCUGUUCGGAGCGCGUUCAGAUCUACAAUCUGGUGACAAAGCUUUUGGUAAGGAACCUGUCCCGAUUCAAAAAGACCGCAUACGGAGCCACCUUCCGGCAGGAUGGUCAAUUCCUGGCCGCCGGCGACGAGGAAGGCCACGUCAAGCUAUUCGACAGCACUCGCAACAUCAUGCGUUUGUUCAAGGGGCACACGGCACCAGUACACCGCACCUUCUUUACGGCGGACAAGCUGCAGCUAGCCAGUUUUGGAGACGACAAGGUGGUUCGUCUGCGGGACUUGGCGAACGGCAAGGUGGUGCAAACGUACAAGGACACGCACACCGACUACGUUCGUGCUGGCGCCAUGCAUCCGCAGGCGGGGCAUGUCUUCGUCUCCGGCGGCUACGAUGGCAAGAUCAAUCUGUACGAUACGAGAGCGAAAAAGGCGGUGCAGCGCACCGUGGAUCACGGAGCGCCUGUGGAGUCCAUGUUGUUCCUUCCGAACGGUUCCAUUUUCGUCAGCGCCGGCGGCAACCAGGUGCGCUUAUGGGAUCUCAUCAACGGCUGCCGUCUGUUCACCAUGAUGUCGCAGCAUCACAAAACAAUAACUUGUCUGCGACUGGGAUCCGAUGGCAGGAGAUUGCUCUCUGGCGGGCUCGAUGGGAAGGUGAAAAUCUACGAUAUGAGCACCUACAGAACAGUGCACACGUUGACCUAUCCCAAUGCGGUGCGCAGCCUGGCUGUCGCUGACGGCGAUAAGGCAGUUGUGGCUGGGAUGGUCGAUGGCCAAGUCUCCAUUCGUCGCAUGACGGCAGACAGCAAGCCCAGUGAUUUGGAAAAGAUUCGUGAGGAUCUCGCUCGAAAUAACUUCACGAGUAGAAAACCCACGAACAACACCCAAGAGGGUGAUCCCAUAAUCAAGGACCGCGUCCAGGAGCCCAAAUUGAUAUCCUACGAUGUGCACUUCCUCCCGUUUAACUGCAAGGAGGCUUUGGACGAGGUGAUGCAUGCGCAGAAGAUGGAAAACCAGCCGGAGCUCGUUGUGGCUGUCAUCACGGACCUACUGCACCGUGGAUCACUGGAAAAAGCCCUCACGGGUCGUCGUGAGGCAGAGCUUGUCCGAUUCAUCGACUUCAUUUGCAACCACUUGGGCGAGAUGCGAUUCGUGCGCCCGCUGUUGAUGGCCGCCAGCAGGAUCUUGGAUGUCUUAGAGCAGCACUUGGUGGGCUACAGCGAUAAGCUGAUGGAAGCCUUGCAACGAUUGUCACUUGCAAUGCAGGAGGAGGUGAGGCUUACCGCCGACCUGAUGCGUUUGAAGGGUGCUCUGCAUAUGCAUAUGCAUGCAUUGCAAAUCAGAUAGAGGUCAGCUAAUCGAAUCUAAUAUUUACACUCACUUGCACCUAAUGAAUAUUAACAAUUGCUGAACAAAUGCAUGUUUCAUUGGCCUUUGGGAAGUGUUUGUUUAUUGUCUUGGGGAUCAGUUCGAAUGCACAUGCAAAGGCAACUUCUGCAUUUGAGGCGAAAUCCCAUUUCGUGCCCUAAUCCCAAACAUGCGGCGCCGCCAUAACCAAGUUAGCAACAUCCUGGUUCCGGUUAUAGAAAUGCGGUUAAGCAUUCAGCUUCCUAGCCUCGUCUUCUACAUUGGCCAAAGGAAUUUGGCUUUUCAGUCUCCUGAGCUUGUGUGUGUGCUGCGCCACCACACCCCUUUUUCGCCGCAAAAUGUUGAAGACCACCUGACGAUGUUGGAUGAUGAUGAAGUCACAGAGGGCCAGCAGGAUAUAUAGAAUCCAGGAUUCUGGAUUUAGGAUCCAGCAGUUUCGAGCUGCCAAAAACAAAUACGGCAAACUGACUGAACAAACAGAAAAACAAGUAGGGGGGAAGAAAAUGCCAAAAAAAAGGGGCAAAAUUUGGAGGAAAAGCGGAAGGAAAAAUUGAAAAGAGAAGGAACUUAUUGCUCGGCAAAGCGUGAAAUGUUUACGAGCGAGUGACGAUGGCGACUCAAGGGCUGGAGGAGGAUUCUCUGCUGGGGGUGUAGUGGGCAAAAACCAAACGGGAGGAGCCUCGUAAAGAGAUUUGUGUGUGCCUAGUGCAAAUCGCUCCCUCUUCGUAUUUUCCUCAACUUCUCGCACAAUUGUAAAGAAAAUGUUAUUAAGGAUUUUCUAUUAUAUAACAAAAAGGCGCACUAAAAACACACCCCUCACACACACACACAACCAUACAGAACGAAGGUGUGUCUGUGCGAGGCGCAUUAAGCACUUGACAUAUACACGCUUUGAAAAUGCAUCCAUCCGCCAUCUUUUUCUGCCCGCAUCUUCGUUACGAAGGCUUAUACAAAUACCCUUUCCCAGCCGUAGGGCACAAAUACUUUCCGGUGAAAAUAAGUUUUGUGUUAUGUUAGCGGUUAAGUACUUUGUGAUUGCGUAUUUUUAAGGUCACGUAAAUAGCUAAUACGUCACGUAGGCCAGAUUACACUUUCAGCCAUUAUUAACAUUGCCCACAUUGCGUAUACGUGACAGCUUGGUUUUAAUUGAUCAUUUUCAUAUCUUAAAAUAUUACAGAGCAGAGGGCCACUUAUUUAUGUUAAUAAUGGAUACUGUUAAUUUGGAACGAUACUUAAAGUCCAAUAAAAAUCGAUAAUUAUUUCGAUAAGUAGGAGUAACUCGUGAAAAUCGAUAGUUUAAGCAAAAUAAGUUAGGGUACGAGCAAAUCGCUUUUCGACUGCAUUGGGCUUCUCAUUUCGGGCGCAGGCAUUAGACGGCUUUUCAUCUACUUAGUUUUCAAAGUCCCACUUUCCUUUGCUUUCCCCAUGUCCCUUUCUCCUGGCAAGUGUGUGUGUGUGUGUGUGUGUGUGUGUGUGUGUGUGUGUGUGUGUGUGUGCGAGUGCGUCAGUCAGUCAGAAUGUUGACAAGUCGAUGACGGUUCCAACGAGUGUACUAUAUUUGUAUUUGUGCUUGUCCGCUUUUCCUCAGUCUCUGUCUCUGUGUGGGCGGGUGCUCAAGGUUCAGCGACGAACAUUAGUCAAGUCAACCCAAAAUGAGCGACCGAAAGUGGCGCAGUCAAGCAAAAGGGCUCUCGUCGUUGCAGCAAUGACUGAAUGAAUGAAUGAGCGGCUGACUGAGCGAGUGAAUGCGAGUCCGAAUGAAUGACGAAAUGCGCGACUGGCUGACUGGCUGACUGAUGCUGGUAUCCUUGAAGGAAUCUACCAAAAGGACUCUGCACAGCACAAGCAGCUGGAAUGCAUAUUUCUUCGUCCUGAAUUCAAGCUUCCACUUCCUUUCCCGACUUAUUUUCAUUUUACCUCGCGAUUCCUAUUUCGCUUGCAUCCAUCCGCCUUUUGUCACACUCUUGUGAAAAGUGGGCACACUGGAAAUAUUUUGUGAGAAGUAUGAAACAUCCUUACGCUGUGAUUUAAUCAUGUUAUUGGUUUAAUAUUUCGUUACUUCACUACUUGAAUGUAAAGUUUCACCACUUCGGAUGAAAGAAUGACUGGCGUGGGUUGUCGCGUAGCUCAGGUUAUAAACAUAGUUUCCCUUCCCUUUUGCAUUACUAUUAUUAUUAUUAUAUUGUCUGCUACGGUUUUCACGUUUCCUACACUCCCUAAUAUUAUUUUUAUUAUAUACAGCUAUGCUGUACUUUGAGUUUAACAAUGUCAGCCAUUUUGUUCCUUUGUGACGACGUCCUCGUGCAGGCAGAGAUGCAGUGAACACAAAUACCGUGACUGACACGCUUGGGUGGAAAAUGGAAAGUGGGUGGUGCCGCCAAGCCAGGAUUCCAUGGGGGAGUUAGAAAAGUCGGUGGCAGGCGUCGUUUGCAAUCUGCUGCAAUCUUCUCGAGCAAUUCGUCGCUCGCUCCGCGAGUCGAUUCAUCUUGCCGGGGUAAAAGUACAUGCCUUCGUUACGCAUUCUUUAAUUGAAUAUUUAUCUUGGCUGCUGAAGGAGCCCAAGUGCACAGCGAGAAAUAUCAGUGCAAAGCUUCACACCAUCAUAUUAGUUAAUCUAGUUAGUUAAUUAGUUAUUCCAACGUACGAAAUUCAUGCUAAUGUUAAAUCUUACAUUGAUUUAAAUGACUAAAACAUUUCGCAUUUUUUAUUUUUUUGGUGCAGUACACCAGCCGUGCAAAACGAAACCUUUUCACUAUCCAUUUUUCGGUGGAUAGGCAACCUGAUUCGACGUUGUCGCGUCCUUGUAAUUGCAACUAGAGCGAGUGCGCCUUGUCAGCCUUGUUUUUCGCCAUCGGUUAUGGUUAUGCAUUGUGAGCUGGAUGCUUGGAUGCUGGGACAGUGGGGAGCCAGCCCCCUUUUUACCCAAAAAAACACCCAGUGAGCUCGCCACUGAUCCGCCCAUUUGUAAACCAUAUCCGCAUCCUAGCUGCAUAUGCAAUGCAUCUAAAUUGCUUUCGCGUUCUGUUUGUUGUUUUUGCGGCCAGAAUCGCAUCUGCUUUGGCUUUGAGAUUUACGGCUUUGUUGGUCCGCCUUCCCUUUGCCGAUGCAUCUUCUUUGGUCGCCCAGCCAACAGUCUUUCAGCAUCUUCCAUUCAAUUUCUUUUCAAAAUAAGUUGAGAUGAUACUGCUCGAGAUUCUCAAUUCGCCGGACUCCAUUCUGCCAUUGGGUGCUGUGUGCACUCUUGCUUUGACAUUUUAAAUGUUAUUUAAUGGUGGCCGGAACUUGUUUGCUGCACUGCACCCAGGAAGCGGAACCUUGAAAUCCCGACCAUAAAUUCAUUAUUAUUAUUAUUUUCCCUUCCAUUCGAAGAAGGUGAAGCCGAGUCGAAGCGCUUUGCACUUGAUUUAUAUGGGCACUUUGUGCGCAAUUUAUGACCAGGCCAGAGAUCUUGACUUUGGCGACGAGUUUCCCAUUUUGUUGGUCAUUUGGUUGGUCACUUGCUCCUACUCUUCGACGGAUGCAAUGUGCAGAUAUGGCUUACAUGCGGAAAACUCUGGCCAUUUAAAGAAUUAUCUAAGAUUGUGUUUAUAUUUAUGAUUUUCCUGUAGUUAAUUAACUCGCAUUUUUUCUUGUUAUUUACUUUAACAAUAAGUGUGUCGAGUUAUGCAUAAGCACACACAAUUGUUUAAGAGUUGGUUGUACUCUCCCUUCCUUUUGAUCCUCUAAAGGCUAUCCGUCGGUUAACCGAUAUUUUUCGCAUUUUCCUGCAGCAUUUUGGCGUUAAUGCCCUUUUGCUAUCGCCAGGUAAACACUCGCUUUUCAACCCCCACGUUUAUGCUCUCCCAGUUGCGUCUUCUUAGUCGCUUUCCCUAUUUAUCACAACUUUAAUCUGUGACACGAUUGUUGUGGUAACAACCCAACCCUCGGACCAUCUGCUAAGCUAAGCUGCACCCGCGGCGAUUUCUCUCUGUGUAACUAAAUCACCAGCAAGGGGGCGGUGGAAAAAGGGGCGAAAAAUCUGAGGAUAAUUAAAAAAAAAAAAAAAUUAUACAAAUUACCAAGGGUCCUUCGGUUAUCCCUGCAGAGCUCCUGUUUCAGCUCGCUUUAGCUGUAAUUAAAUGAUGUUUAUUAAAUGUCCACCAUUGUUUAUGCCACGAGUGUAGCUUGCACAGGGUAUGUGAAUGGUUAUUCCAUUUUUGUUUCUUCAUAUUCAUACUUAAAGUAUAAAAUAUUCCUACAAAGGUUAAGUCUCUGGGGUAGUUAAAUACCUUAAACAUAGUUGUGAAGUGCAUGUGUUUGCUGUUUUUAAACAGAGGGUAUCAAGCGAGUUGUUUCCUCUGCUCUCUUUAAUCGUUUUGCAGCUGCAAAAGUUGUGUUGUGGCUCUGGUUGCGCUUUUUGCAUUGCCAGCCGCCACUUGAAAGUUGAAAUAAUGGCAAGACAAACCGGCCAAGCUUUAUGUACGAAUUAAAUUAUAUAUAUGUACAUAUAUAUACAUAUAUCUAUGUGUAUAUGCAAAAUGUUUGUGUUGUGUAUAGUACAUACAUAUAUUUUUGGCAAAGCAAAGGAAGCACACAAAAACCACAAAAAUGCCGCCCACGCUGCUGGAUGCUGAUGUUUUGUUGUGUGUCCUUGUUGUUGGCAUUUAGGGCGGCUGUCACGCCCAUACUUACCAUGACUCGCCGCCGUCAAAGGGUUAAGGAAAAUAGAGGGCUAAGGCAGAGGUCGGAUUUGAAGGUGGCAGAUGGUUUGGUUUAGUGGAAAAGCGGCAACACAUCCGCUUGCCCUUGCGGCAUAUCCUGCAGUUUCCUUCCGCCCCUUUCUACCGCCCCUCUUGGCCGAUUUCCCUCCACCCCCCGCACAUUUUGCCGAGUUUCCCCACCUGUCAGUUUAUCUAACACGCACUCCAGGCUAAAGAGCAACGGAAGGCGGUAAAGUGCCAGGGAAAACAGCAAAAAUAAAGGGGCAAGAGAAGCGAGACCAAAAAAUACGUAAAUUAACAAAACCUGCCGCCAAUCAUGGGUGUGUGUCUGUGUGUGUGUUUCUGUGUGUGCGUGUGUUGCGGGCGGGAAAAAGGAAGCCCUGAUGUGGAGAUUUUUCCCCUUUACCUUUCUUUUUUUUUUUUUUUUUGCCACCCAGCCAACGGGUUGCAGGAUAAACGGAAAAAGCAUGGAGAUACACUUUCAAUUUGAGGGGAUUCUAGGAUUUCCUGGCCACCAAAUGGUUCGUUUUUAGAACGAUGAUGGCGCAGAAAAUUUAUAACUAAUGAUGGGAUGGAAACUUGCAAAAGUUGAAAAGAUAAUCACCAGAUAAAAUUGACUAUGGAGUAUGCGCUUGCUUAAAAUUUGAGUUAAUAAAAUUUCUAUUGUGCAAAAUGUAUAUCUUUAAUCAUUUUAGCUAAGCUAAUAGUUAAUUUAAGUUUAGUAAUUUAAUAUAUAAAGAGUAUCUCACGACUUCGACUCGAUUUAAAGGGACUGAAACUGUCUGGCUGUGUGUGUUUUUUGUUGGCUCCUUUUGUGAGAAAACCAGCAACAGGAACAACGGAAAGGACUAACUCCUGUGGCGUGACUGUGGGUGUGUGUGUGCGUGUUGGUGUGAGUGAAAUUAGUUUGGGGCAACGAGGCACAUUUUUGAGAUUCAUAAACUUGCGUGCGUGUGUGUUAAUUUCAAGUUGACUCCUCGUUUCGCUCGUUUAAUUGGCCUGACUGACACUAAACACACACAAGGAUCAUUACAUACAAGCAGAACAAGAAGCGAAAAACAGCAAAUGAAGUUCAUGCUUAUGAAUUAAUGACGCAACUGGCUAACGACAAGCAACAAAAAGCAACGAAGGUGAAACCAAAUGGCGAAUGGCACGGGCUCUUGGUUUUUUUUUUUUUUGUAGGGUUCAUUGAACCCCGUUGUCCGUUGGCUUGACAAAUUUCAAUUAAUUAACUCAUUUCAUAUUCAUCUUCAUUGGCCCGAAAUGCAAUGAAAUCAUUCAAUUAAGCCAAGUCAAUAAUUCAUGGCUCUCGAAGGUCUCCAAGUGCCUCGUCUAUCGAAAUGUUUGGCAUUUAAGCAAUUGUUAAACUGCAUUUAAAGCAGUCAAUUGCUGCCGAAAGUAUUUCCUUGAUUAAAAUCGAAUGCCCAGGACUAAGUCAGUUGUAAAUGCUAAUUAAGUUAUGGGUAUGUUCUUUUCAUGGUCCUAGAUGCUUAAAGUAUUCAUAUAGCACUUGAAUUGCAUCACUUCAUAUUUGCUUUAUUAACAAAUUAACAUGUCUGCAUUCGCCGUGUAAUUCGCAGGCUUUUCAUCACCAUUUUUUUUAAGCCCAAAUCUUAAAUUGCUGCCCGUUGAGAUGCUGCGAAAUGAUUAUUUCGUGUCAUAUAAUAUUUACGACCAACAAAUUAUUAAUGCAGGGCAAAUAAUGGCGAAAAACGCAACUUCGCACAUAUUUGCAGAGCAUAAAUUGAGGCGAAAAGCGAAUAUACAUACAUAUGUGCAUAUAUCUCCAUGCUUAUGGUUGAAAGUCAAAAAGGCGAUCAUUUCAUUUACCACUGUCGCCCACACACAUCCAUUUAUACACAAAAAUAUGUACAUAUAUGAACCUUAUGUGGCACAUCUUUACAUUAUAUAUAGACAUGUUUGUUUACCUGUUACCGCCCACUUUCCCAUCCCCCUCUUCGUUUGUUAGCUUUGGUCGACGUCAAUUUAUUGAUACCCGCAAAAUAAAAAAAAAAAAAAUAAUAAAAAAAAAAAUGUGAGAAAAAGGAACAAAAU